CAAGUGUAUGUGCGCGGGCACCUAAGCGCACGCAUACGGAGUGAAGAUGGCGAUGAGAGCAGUGCUGCGGUGCUUCUCUGCAAACUUGCCCUUCGGAGUUCCCCAGCUGUCGCCCGCUGCGGCUCUGCCGGCGACCCGGCUGCUGUGGGCGGCGAGGACACUGAGCACCACGGCUGCCCGCGCCGAAGCUUUAAAGUUCACAGAUAAGCAUGAGUGGGUGCGAGUAGAAGGUGACAUUGGCACCGUCGGUAUCAGCAAUUACGCUCAGGAAGCUUUAGGCGAUGUGGUAUACUGUGGACUUCCCGAAGUGGGCCAAAGCCUUGAACAAAUGGAGGAGUUUGGUGCCUUGGAAAGCGUGAAGGCUGCCAGCGAGCUUUACUCACCGUUGACGGGCGAAGUGAAGGAAAUCAACACCCAGCUGACCGACAAUCCCGGACUGGUGAAUAAAGCCUGCUAUACAGACGGUUGGCUCAUCAAGAUGACCAUCGACAGGCCGGCUGAGCUGCAAGGCCUCAUGGAUCAAGCUGCGUAUGAUAAUUUUAUCAAAUCACUGGAAUAAUAAAUCAUUCAACUUGGCUUACUUUUGUACUUCAGUAACCUCUGGCAACAGCCCUCAUCUUCUGUGCUAUUUAUUGUCCAACUGAAUUAGUGCAUCGGAAUCAUUUUUGUGUGUAAAUAGCUUCUGUUUUGAAGAUACAGAUUCAUUGAGUUGGUAAAACCACAUAAGGGCUCUUAGGAAUGUUGGGUCUAGUUUCUGGUGCUCUUGAUUUGAAAUGUGCACAAAUGAGAUGGAAAACUGGACAGUGGUUAUAAGUGCCAUCGCCUUCAUGAAAUAAAACUUUUCAUUCUCCUUUGAGAAGAAACACGUA